UUUCACUAUCAUUAGAUCCUUAAUUAUUGUAGGAGAUAGAUCGGCAAGCAUCUAAGAACUCGGCAAAAUGGUUGUGUCAAUGGAUAAAUAUAAAGUACAGUGUUCUUUGGUUGGUGAUGCCAUGAUUGGGAAGUCUUCCCUUGCAAAGGCCAUCACCGGGCAGAACUUUGAUGAAGGAUACAUUGCUACCACAGAGGACAGCUAUUCAGCCUCCUUAUCCGUGGCUGGAGACAAAUAUUCUCUCAGCAUUCUGGAUUUAUCUGGACAGCAUGAUUACGAUCAAGUCAGAACGCAGGAAUACAGAAGCAACGAUAUCUUUGUCGUCUGCUUCAGCGCCGUGGAUAGGGAGUCCAUGGAGAGCGUGCGUGACUUCUGGGUCCCCGAGAUCCAGCAAGUGGACAGGAAACGACCUGUUGUCCUGGUGGCCACGCAGACAGACCUCAUACUAGGGGAGACUGACCACAUCACCAAGGAAGAGGGACAGAGCCUCGCCAAACAGAUCGGAGCGUUCUGUUACGUAGAGUGCUCAGCAGCCGACAAGACGGGCGUCAAGGAGGUAUACGAACAAGUGGUGAUGGCCACCUUGAAAUGCAGGAAGCGCCGCUCCAGUCUCAUCAAACGAGUGUUCAGCCGAUGAAAAAGAUCAUCACAUAGAGUGGAUUAACUUUCUGUAUGAUCGCCUGAUCAUCAAAUUUCUUAGUUCAAACUGCUGGAACAGCAAGAACUUUCGUAGGUUCAGUUUGACAAAGAACCGAUUCCAAGAAGUGGUACUGGUCAAGACAUUCAAGAACCUUACUUAUCACGAAUGUUCGCAAAGCGUGUUUCGAAACAGGGUUGAGAAAAGACUUGUUUUUGUGGACUUGUACUCUCUAGCAUGUGAACUUCCUAGGGGCCAUAAACUGUGUCUUUUCGUCAAACGAUGACUGGGCGUUAAAACCUAACAAUAGUGCAGCGUACCCGAACAGUGCAGGGCGUAUAACGCUAUCCGGAAAGCUGGCGAUAAAAUCAAUCUGAACUUUCUGGUAGUGCAGCCCCGAGGCGAUGAAUUCUCGUUUGAAGAGAACCUACCAGGUGUGAAAUGAUAUUCCAUCAUCAUGAUUCUCUGUGUCAUGACUCCACAUUAUUGUGGACCCUGACAUUGAUACUUGAUAUAUGUAACUAUGUCAGAGUGUGACAAAAACCAACAAGAUUUAUACCAAUAAAUAAAUUUAAAGUUA